UCACCUGUCUAAUUCGGCUUGUUUGCAAGUGUGAGAAUAUGUGGAACCCUAGAUUAAUCUCCAAAAUAGCCCUUUAAGAAGGGAACAGGAGGUUUCAACGUAUAUAGUGGAGAAAUAGUCAAAGAUCUAGCUGAUGUGGGACCCUUACAGUAAGAUUGUCUUUUGAGUGCUCGGGAUUUUGCUACGAACUCCCAACCCAUUGGUUAUUAACUUUCUAAAUUAAACAACGGGAUUACUCGUAUACCUAUGAAGUUUGUAUACAUUCGGUGUAAAAUGCAGAUGCAAAAAGUGGUACCCUUGCCCGAAAAAGCUUAGGUGCAGUAAGCCUGAAGCUCGGGUUCGGUUUAGACCUAAAAGCCCGAUCCGACUAGGUUUUUUUCCUCUUACUCAAAAACCCCUUAUUGUUGUGCAUAUUUAUGUCAAACAAAAGUAGGAAAACGAUCAUGAAAACCUUUAUCAUUGUACCCGUUAAAUUGUCAUCACUGAGAGGAGGUGGAGCUUCAAAAACAAGGUCUAGCGUUCAAAUUCAACCCACCCACCCAUUCAUCUUGACUUAUGAGUUAUGACAUUGCAAUUUACCUUUCACAUGAUGACUGUGAGACCCAUAUAAUAAAAUUAUUUUUGACACCGUCCAUUUUCACAUAACUUUUUAUGGUUCUUUCAUUUGGAGUAUCAACAAAGAAGUUUACUAUUCACAUACUUAGAUAUUAAAAUGGUAUCAAUCACAUUAUAUGUUUUAUUUGUUCGAAAAUUUUGGGAUAUCAACUUUAGUUAAUUCUAGGGGGUCUAUGGGGGAACUUUAAUAAGAUUAAGGGCUAUUUUGUAACUUUUAUAUAAAGUUAAGGGUCUAAGUGAACAUUUUUCAAAAUAUAUCAUCGGAAAAGGAAAGCGUGGUUACAGAAAGACCACAAGCAACCAAAAAGGGAUUUCCAGGAAGACCGACGAAGAACAGAAAUGGCAUUCACCGUGAAUUUGGCCCCGUUGUCCCUCCGAUCACCAGAAAUCACCGCCGGAAACAAUAGUUCUUUAAAAUCCGGCAUAUCUUUCACCAAAAAGAGACAGAUGUUGGCCUUUGCCGCCAAUAAUUCGACUGAAGAACCACCGACAAUCAAGCCGGAAAUCCAGCUCGAAUUUAUAGCGCCAAAAGCCGGUGGUGAUGGGAAGUAUCCGGUGGACAGAGCGGCGGCGGUGAGCGGAGAUAAACUGCUAAGGACAAUCAUGGAGGAUAACAAACUGGAGCUUUACGGGACGUAUACCCACGAAACCAAAGCCUUGAAUGUCGAAAAAUUCGUUUUCGAAGGGAAAGUUGAUGAACUGCGGAGGUGGUGGAAGCUGCGGCACUUGCAUCGUGGAGGUUGUAGAAGGAAAGGAGCUUUUAAACGAGCGAACAAAUACCGAACUCAAAUACUUGAAGAAGAAACCCGAUUCUUGGAGGUUAGCUUGCCAAACAAUAGUCGGGAACAAAGAAAAUUCCGGCAAGGUAGUAAUUCAGAGGUUGCCUCAAAGGAAGAAGUGAUAUCAAGAAUCUGUAUACAAGUCGUCUUGCCGAUGGUUCGUCCCAUAAAAGUAACAAUUCUUUUACGAUAUGGUUUAGAAGAUUGAACGUUUUUAACACCGAUGUAUAUUUCUUUGUUCAAUGGCACCAAAAAACGCAAAGAUGUGGCUUAAGUUGGGGCUUUUCGUCUUUAAGGGCGGUUAUUUUUGACUUAAUGGUCUGAAUGGCUUAUUCAAUAAGCCAUAUACGAGUGUUUGUUUAUAACUCAAUUAGUUGUUUUCGUA